CUAAAAAAAGGAUUCAAGGAGCAUUUGUUUCUGAAAUGCCCCAUUUUACUUAAUAAUGAAGAAACCCAUCAUUCCACUUGUAUAGUAACAUAUACAUUUCAUUUUAUAUGAUAUCCUGAUAUCUUAGUUUGUCUAUACAUAUUUUGUAAUCUUCCUCUCACCUUAUCUUCUUCAGUUAAAUCAAAUGUGUCUUCACUGAUUAGGAAAGAGAAAUGGUAAAACAUUUAUUCCGAUCAUCGUCUCCUCCUCCAACGGCGAAACAAAAGCCCCACCACACACUCGCAGACUCAGCAAUGGAGGAGUACGAGAUCGAAGUCCAGUCUCUAAUAACCAAAUGGACUUCGCCAGAGUCCACUGAUCAGUUUCUCUUCUCCUCAAGUAGCCACCAAGAAGCAGAGCAGUUCGUACGGGCCGUAAAGAACUUGCAUAACUCAAUGCACCGUCUAGUUUCCGUUACACCGGAGUCAAUAAAUCUUAACCGUGGACAAGACGUGAUGAAGACGGCGAUGAAGCUUCUCGAAUCAGAGUUCUGCCGCGUACUAAAGGAGAAUAGAGAGUAUCUAGAUCCUGAAUGCGUCACUAUUCGUUCAUGGAACUCAUCACGGUUCAGCGUUUCUACUCCGAGUACUGUUUCUGAUUCCAAUGGUACCGACGAAGGUUACUUCGCCGACGAGCAUAGAUUCUCCGGAGGAGACCCUAACGCGAUGGAUGAUCGAAAAACUAUCGCUGAGUGUAUGAUUUCAACAGGACACGUCAAGGAAUGCGUUAGGGUUUACAAAUCCGUACGUAAAUCUAUUGUAGAUGAGACGCUACACAGUUUGGGAGUGGAGAGGUUGACUCUACGUCAGAUACAAAAACUGAACUGGGAGGUUCUUGAAACUAAGAUCAAGCCAUGGCUCCGGGGAGUGAAAUUAGCGGUUCGGUCUCUGUUUUACGGCGAAAAGAUUCUUGCUGAACACGUUUUCUCUAACUCCUCCAUCUUGGAGUCCUCUUUCACUGAUAUCACUCAAGAAGGUGCUUUGACCUUGUUUGUUUUCCCUGAAAAUGUAGGAAAAUUCAAGAAACUAACGUCUGAGAAAAUGUUUCGCAUUCUUGAUAUGUACGAAACCCUAACCAAUCUAUCUUCAGACAUCGAAUCGAUCUUUACCUUCGAUUCAAACUCCGUCAUCAAAUCUCAAGUCACUGGAUCCCUCACGAAGCUCAGCGAAGCCGUUAGGUCAAUGAUGUCAGACUUUGAAACGGCGAUUGAGAAAGAAUCAUCCAAAAAACCAGUAAACGGCGGUGGUAUACACCCGCUCACACGCUACGUUAUGAAUUAUCUCACCUUCCUCGCUGAUUACAGUGACUCCAUAGCUGUGAUCUUCGAGAACUGGAAGAUUAGUGUAUCAUCUCCGUUGCCUAAAACUCUGUUUCCUUGCGGCAGAGGUUAUGAAGCUAAACCGGAGGAUGUGUACUCCUCUCCGGUCUCCGUACGCAUGGCUUGGGUGAUUCUUCUUACUCUGUGUAAAAUAGACGGCAAGGCUCAGCCGUUUAAGCAUAUUGCUUUGUCUUAUCUCUUCCUCGUUAACAACCUCAACUACGUUGUCGUUAAGGUUCGAGCUUCGAAACUGAAGCUUCUCCUCGGUGUUGAGUGGGUGGCGAGUCAUGAGGCUAAGGUGAAACAGUUUAUUGUAAAGUUUGAGAAGCUUGCAUGGGGGAAAGUGUUGACGUCACUCCCAGAGGAUCCGACGGCGGAGAUGUCAUCGGAGGAAGCAAGUGGUCAUUUAGUGAGUUUUAACAUUAAGUCUGAAUUGGCGUACCGGAGACAAAUUUCGUGGGUUGUACCGGAUUCGAAACUCAGGGAUAAGAUUAAAAUCGGGUUGUCUCGGAAGAUUAUUCCGGUUUACGCUGAGCUCUAUAACCGGGUUGGUUUGUUUAAGGACAAAGAGAUGUUUAGUGAGUUAAUUGUUAGAUAUACCCCUGAUGAUUUGGGAAAUUAUCUCUCGGAUCUUUACUUUGUGACCAAGGAGGCAAGGACUCAGUAAGUGUUUCAUCAAAAUGAUGAACUCCCGUUUGGAGAACUUUUGAUUUUGUGGUAAUUACUUUUGUAAAUUGUUAUCUUUUAUUUCAUUUUAGAAAUAUUUAUUUUUGCAUGAAGUUUGUUGUUGUAGUGGAGUGAUUGAUUACUAUUUUUUGUCUUUUACCCUACUUGAUUAGCUGUGCCUAAUCAUAAAGUUGUGGUUUUUAUCCACUUUUUUUUUCCUUGCAAUAAUGUAAAGUGGACUUUAUUCGCUUUUAUACCAAACAAAUAUUCGAUUUUUGGA